UGGAUUGGUUGGUUAAGAAGAGAGAAGUAAUGGCUUCAAUGGCAAUGGCAGUGUAAUAAAGCCUCAGUGUAACCGGUUGAUCUUCUAUAAUUUAACAAAAUUUACCAAGGAGGAUCCAUGUAUUCAUAUAUACAUCGCUCGGAAGGAAAAAAUGACUAUCUUAGGUGUUGAUCCAAGUUCACCGCCAUUGAAGAGAAUACGACUCUGCCAAGAAGUUGCAGACACUCAUUAUAAAUAUUGUUAUCCUAUGGCAACGCCAAUAGAUGCAGCAGGCGUGAUGCUGAAUGGAUACGGAGGGCUGGUGGACACCCACAAGACGCAUUCUCCUGAUGAUAGCAGUCUAAACACUGAAGGUGUAAGCCCUGUAGCAACUCUCUGCAACUUGGGGAACACGUGUUUCCUAAACAGCGUACUGUACACUCUGAGGUUUGCUCCUAGCUUCCUACACAACCUCCACCAUCUUGUCGCUGAUCUCACCGAAUUGAGCGGAAGAUACUCACAUUUAAAGAACAAGUCAUCGUCUUUGGGACGUGGAAUCGGAGGCGGGAGCAAGAAUUGGAGCAAUAAGGACCUUUCCACCAUGGGUCAAGAAGACAAGACCGCAGUGGCGACGCUGAGAUUACAUGAACUAUACGAGGCCCUCCACCACACGGAACUGAAGGACCACAUUGAGCCUUACCAGCCUGAGAUCUUCUUGACUGCCUUGAGGGAGGUGAAUCCCAUCUUCGAAGGCAACCAACAACAUGAUGCUCAUGAGCUGUUGGUAUGUCUGGUUGAUACAAUGAGAGAGACUUGUCGUCAACUCUGUGAGCUUCACGAGAGACAGAGGUGUAUCAUACCUCAACCUCCUCCCCCCACCUGCCCACUGCCUCCGGCUAAGAGCUCCUUCUCCUCAAAUGUACGGAAAAGUCUCAAACUAGGAAAGACCAAGAGCAACGGUGUGUUGGACAAGAAGAAUCCUCUUAACGAUGGACCUCUGAUCUGUGAGCAGCCCUUAACCCAAAAUGACGAAGAGGGGCCUCGAGUAGCAAAUAACUUCAUUUCUGAGGAUUUUGAAGGUGUUAUGCUUCUCUAUACGACUUGUCUAGAGUGUGAAAGGACAAGCCAACUUUCAGAAUCUUUUAUCGACAUAUCUGUUCCCAUCACCGCCCCAAGUGGUCCGUGUGUGACCUCAGAAGAAGUCAGUUCACUAUACCAUUCGGCUGUGAUAACUGAAGAGUACCUAAUAGACAGUGAAAAGUAUUGGUGCGAAGAUUGUGGUCGGUACAAUGAAGCCAGGCGUAACAUCAGCUACGACACUUUACCCAGACUGCUUAUCCUGCACCUGAAACGAUUCAGCAGCUCUUACGGAUCAUGUGUUCAAAAAGUCAAUGAAUAUAUGCCAACACCUAUCGAACUGAGUUGCUUCUGCAACAAAUGCAAAGAUCUGGAGGAGAGACUAAAACCUCACCGAGGGUACCAACUGUAUGGGAUCAUCAUGCACCUGGGCUCUACCCUAGCCAGUGGACACUACGUAAGCUACGUAUGUGGAAGGGACACUGUCAUGGACAGUGCAAACUGCACAAGAGACAAGAGAAAAACCGCUUCCCUCUCAGGAGGAGCUGGCAAACCUGCUAGUAACACGGAGAAACAUGGAACACAGAAAACAUUGUUUAGGUUUUUCUCAAAGAGCUCGAAGCCUACUUACCCGAGCCCCCUAGAAAACCGAGGGCCCUACUUUUCCCCUUGUAGGAGUGCUGAUUGCUGCGGGGCCAAGCUAGACACCAACGAACCUGUUUGGCUCGAAUGUGACGAUGACACUGUCAGGACCAUCUCUAAGAAACAUUUGGGGGAGCUUCUGGGGCCGAAAAACUCCAAAAACUCUGCUCUCACCCCUUACCUAUUGUUUUAUUCAAGGAUACAGUAAGGUCAGCGUAAGUGAAAUCUCUCAAGAGAAAGAAGAUGACCUUUUAAAAGUAUUAUAGUUUUAACUUUUGUUAACCGUCAUAGUUAGGAGAGCUUUGUUUAAUCCAUUUUUUAUUCCAUAAUAGUGUUGUCCGGUAGUUUUAAUUUCUAAGAACAAUUAAUUGUAAUACUUAGGUUACUAAAGAUACUACAGUAGAGAGUUGAUUAUCUGAAACAAUUUGAGGAAAUUGGCUGUUCGCAUAACUGUUUUUUUCUUUGGAUAAUUGGUCAUUGACAGUAAAAAUUAGAUAUAUUUUUUAACUUUGAUAACAUUUAAACACCUUUUUUAUGUUUACAUUUGUAUUUUUACAAGUUUUGUCGACUUUAGCAUCGGUGACCAUAUCUUGCAGUCUCAGUAACAACGACGAUCGUCUGCCGCAAUAGCGUAAACGACCUUGAUUAUAUCUUGCCGUCUCGGCAUCACCUCUUGCGAUCCCGGCAACACCGGUGAUUGGCCUUUUGGUUAGCUAAUGUUUUGGAUAAUCGACGCUCUACAGUAAUAGUAUGUUAUGCAAUUUUAAAGUUUGAAUGAGUUUUAAAGUAGUGACAGGUGAUAUGCUACCCAAGACUUUUUAUAUUUUCAUUGUUUUGUCAUUUUACUGUGUUCCCAAGCAUUUAAUAAAAGUAUUAUGCAAUGUUCUUAAAGUUAACAUUGUGUCCAAACUCUUGUUUACGUUUUUAUUUUAAAAUUCUAGUUUCUUAAGUUUUCAGGACAAAUAUUAACCCUUCCCGAGCGUUGGCCGUAUAUUUAUUUAUUUAAUUUAAUGUCAGUACAUCAUAAUAACAGUACAUAUUGCCAAUGGUUAAAUCAAAGACUUAAAACUAAUAGAUAAAACUAAUUAAUCUGUUUUUACACAAAAACAACUGGAUCUUCCCUAAAUAUAAUUUUUACAUGUCAAAAAUUGAGCUAGGAGUGGGUAGGUUUAUUCAUACCUAAUUCCAACUCAAUCGUAUAUAUUUUAGAUUAGUUAAGAUUAAAUGAUCCGAAUUUUGAAGAAGACAUGAUUGAAUUAUCGAAUCGGAGUAUUACUGAAAGAAAUGCCGCUGUUCAGCUUUCUGAACACUCUGAAGAUUCAGACAAUGAGUUUCAGUACGUAGUUCAGGUGGUAUCAGAAGCUAACUAUGAUAUAAGCGGUCUUGAAGUGAUGCAGGGUGUUGAACGUUAUGAUGAAGAUAACAUGGAUGUACAUUUUGAACAAAGUAGCUUUCGUGCUGGUACACUUGAUUUUGUAAAUAAAUAAAUGUUAUGAAAACGAUGAAAAUUAAUAGAGGCCUGGGCCUUCUGAAAAAAGCUUUACUCUUAAGACGGAGGAGUGUAGCAAACCUAAGGAACUGAAUCUAGAUCAUGGUCAAGAUGUUAGUGUUGUUGGUUAUGGUAGGACUACAACAAUGUCUGAUGAUGAAAAUGAAUCAAAAUGAAAAUGAAGUGGGGGAGGCCUCUGCAUUCACAAGUAAUCAACAAAACUGAAGAUAAGGCCAAGGGGACAGACGAAAAGGAAAAAUACUCCCGCCACAGCAAACCUGCAGACUAAGCUAAUUUCCAUUUGCCUGAUUUGAUUUUCAAUUAAAUCUAUUUCAAUAACGUUACGUUUAAAAACCAUCUUUACCCCAUAAAACCCCCCUUCCCAUAGUCUGAUGAUGGUUCGCGAACUCGUUCGAAUAAAUGUGGGUUUACACGUUUAUACAAAAUUUCAUCCAAUCGGAUCAUUUUUGCUCGAGUUAUCUUGGUAACGGACACAUAUGUAAAUUAAUAUUAAAAGUAAAUUGUUCCCCUGUCCAGGUCUUAACAUGAGAACUACGGUAAUAGCUUAUUCCCUAUAUGGGAAAUUUGCUAAAAGUGGAAAGGAACAGCACCUAGAAUGGGCACACGCACAGGCACAUGUAAAAUUAUGGCCAUAAAACUUGUAAAAAAUUAUUUUAAUAAAAAAUGUGUCUACAAUCAAUAUUAACCAUUAGAUAAAAGUAAAAAGCAUCAAAAUUUCAAAAUCAAUUUUUUAACCCCAACCAAAUAAUUGAUCGCGUUGUGAGAAGGGCUCGCCAUGCAGCCGCUACUCGGGAAUGGUUAAAACAAUUUUGUAAGGCAUUCAGGGAAACUGAAUGUAAAUGGUGAUAACAAAUCUUACCAUCGUUCACUCACUCGGUUGGUCAUUCAGUAUUGUAGUGUCAAGUGUAAAACUGUUAAAAAAAUAAUUUAACAGGAGAAUAUUGUUUUCCUUCCUUGUUAGGAUCAUAUGAUGAUCAUCAGAGUUCACAAAUAAGACAUUUCUUUAGUCGGUAGGGUUAAACUUGUAAAUGUGUAUAGAUUAAUUUAUCGUUUCUGUUAAUAACACAUAUAGAAACUGGCUUUUCUCAAUAUUCUGAAAAAUAUGCAAUUUAGAAUGAAUGGUUUCACAAUAGCUUCUGUGGGUUGUAAUAUGAAAUUAUUAAACUUUUUAACAAGUCCAUUUAAGAGCUAUUUUGCACUGUCAUUGAAUGGACUGUAAAAUAACAUUCCGAUAUGUGAUAUAUACAGUAACUUAGCCGUAGGAGUCCUGUGUUGCAAGUUUAUAGUCACAAUAAAGAAAACAGUAAAUUUCUAAAAAGUAAUUACAUAUGAAAUAUAGUUUGCUACAAAGUUCUAUUUUAAUUUUUCGUUGACAAAGCAGGCUCACCUGAAUUGGUAAGAGCCGAUCCAGUGCAAGAAAAGUAGUCUGUAAAGCAAGUUGGGCCAGGGUAGACUCUUUCUUAAUUAGGAAAGCCUGUUAUUUAAACAAAACUAAUGUUUUAUGUCUAUAUUACAACAUUAAUCCCAUUUCACCUUGUUUGGGGCGAAUAUGAAGGGUGAUUAUGGAAGACAGUAAAGUUAUAUCGUUCUGUUAUGUUAGGCCCACUUUCAAAAACCUCUUUGCUUUUAACUAGUUACGGAAAACAUGACCCAGUCACAAAUAUUAGAUGUUUGACGAACAUGUGACUAGCAACACUGCACUCCAAUUCUUCCCUACAUAGUAUACUACUAUUAGUCACUCUAGGGCUAGAAGCACAGCUUUGUAGUUCGAUGCUUUUGAAAACAAUUAUUAUAAAAAAUCAAAAUUAAUGUUAGAUAAGUAUUUAAAAUGUGAUAAGGAAAUUGUUAUGUAAAUAAUAUGAUAUUUUUAUUGUCACUAAUGUACAUUAUUAUAUGUUUAAAAGGU